AUGAAUAAUAGCUCUAGUAAUAAAUGCGAUUUAAAGGUUAAACCAAUUUUUCUUAAUAACGAAAUCGCGAUUCAUUCACUUAUACCCUUACAUCACGAAGGUUAUAAUAUUGCUAUGAAUGAACUGUUGACGGUCAACACGUAUAAAUCGUCUGAAAGUGAGAGUGAUGAAGGUGAUUAUAUAUGUGAGGUGAGACAAAAAAAGGUAGACAUCAAAGGUAAAGCUGUAGAUCGACGUGAACCUGGAGCUGAUGACAUAAGGAUCAAUAAUGAGAUGGAAAGUUCAGAUAGCAACGUCAAUAAUCUACAAGUAGAUUCUGUUAUUACACUGGUAUCAUUGGACCUCCCUUGCGUACGAGCUGAUGAUCGAUUCUUGGUCGAUUUUCGACGUUUGAAAAUAGUACCAAAAAACAUUUCUAGCUGGGAAACAAGUGAUAAAGGGUGUCAAAAUGGAAACAAAUCAGAUUGUUCAGAAUUAUGGUGUGAUGAUGAUGAUGUAGAGGAAAUGGACAUUGAAGUUGUCUAUAAUAAUUGGGAUCCAUAUUUGGAACGCGUUGUAUACAUCUUAAAAGAUUAUAAAUUUGAAAGAUUGUUUAUUGUUUUACGAUGGAUUAACGGGCAGGAAACAGUCCACUGGGCCGAAGACGCUUAUUGCCGUUGUCCUCAAAAGGUUAUCGAAUUUUAUGAAUCUAGUACGAUUUUUAUUGAUGAAUGA